ACCUUUUUUCUAUUGAUUAAAAACCCCACCUGUAUAUAUAUAUAUAUAUAUACAUAUACAACAAUGUUAUAUAUAUAACAUUGGUUAACAUUUUAUAUUGUGUUUCAUGUGCAGUGUAAUCAGUAUAUAUAUUAUCUUUCGCUCUCUCUUCUCAUCGCAGAACUAAAAGAAUGGCAGAAAAUGAUUCAAUCCCACACUUCCUCGCCAUUGCUAUAGAUGCUGCAAAGCAAGCCGGAGAGAUAAUUCGAAAAGGAUUCUACCAAACCAAGCACGUUGAGCAUAAAGGGCAGGUGGAUUUAGUCACGGAAACUGAUAAGGCGUGUGAAGAUCUCAUAUUCAAUUAUCUCAAGCAGCAUUUCCCAAACCAUAAGUUCAUUGGAGAAGAAACCACCGCUGCUUGUGGAGUUACAGAGCUGACUGAUGAACCGACAUGGAUAGUUGAUCCUCUUGAUGGCACAACUAACUUUGUGCAUGGAUUCCCCUUUGUGUGUGUCUCUGUUGGUCUUACAAUUGGGAAGGUUCCAACAGUUGGUGUUGUUUACAAUCCAAUUAUGGAUGAGCUUUUCACUGGCAUUCAUGGGAAAGGUGCUUUUCUGAAUGGGACACCCAUCAAAGUAUCUUCUCAAUCUGAGCUUGUGAAGUCCCUCCUUGUUACUGAGGCUGGAACAAAGCGUGAUAAGUCAACUGUGGAUGCUAUUACCAAUAGAAUUAAUAGCUUGCUUUUCAAGGUGAGAUCCCUUCGGAUGAGUGGCUCCUGUGCAUUGGAUCUCUGUGGGAUUGCAUGUGGAAGGGUUGACCUGUUCUACCUAUUUGGAUUUGGGGGACCCUGGGGGCGCUGUGAUUGUUAAAGAAGCUGGAGGAGUUGUGUUCGAUCCGUCUGGUAAAGAUUUUGACAUUACGUCUCAGCGAGUAGCAGCAUCAAACCCUAAUCUCAAGGAUGCAUUCAUUGAGGCAUUGCGGCAAUCAGAAUAAGAAAACUAUCUACAAGAGAAGAUAAGUAUGAAAGGAUAGUCUUUGUAUGAUUUAAAUUUUCUCCCAUUGUUGAAUGUACUUUUCCGAUAUGUCUAUUUAUGAGCAGCAUUUGAAGAAUUUUAAAAAAUAUUUAUAUGAAGAAAGAAAGAAAAUAUGUAGUGAGAUGGACUUUUUAUUGGCGGGGCCUUAGGCGACGGCUCCUAUUGUUGCUCCCACCAUCUUUGAGUAUCCUUUGAAGUCAUUUUCCUUGAAUUCUGUAACUUACAACUUCUGCAAAUAAUAGUGCUAAAUGUAAAGAGUACUCCAUAGUGAAGUGUAAAAGCA